ACGUUUCUCCUCCCAUCCAUUCCCUCUUUUCCCACCUUUUCCCUCCUUCCCCAGCCGCUGCCGCCUGCGCGUGCUGGACGUGACGGGUCUGCCGGACGACGCCACGACGGGCCGUGGCCCGGACGGGAUGAGCGUCUGGUCGGGCACCGUGGCCCUGGCCAAGGCCUGCGUCGAGGUCUCCAAGCACCACCGGGAAUCCCGGGAAUUCCAGCGGCGCGGCGCCAAGCGCCACAAGGGCCGUUCCGGCGCCGCCGUCACCGCGCCGCGUUCCGCCGGCGUCGACGUCCACGCCGACUUCUUCGUCAACCGCACGUCCUACGGGAUCCUGCGGGACGCCCUCCAGACCGGGAACGCCGGCCCCUUACGCCUGCGCUGCCGGGAAUUCCAGGCCGAGAAGCUGUCGGUGGACGGCAUCGUGAGCCUGCUGAAAUCCCUGGAUCCCGCCGGGGUGCGCCGGGUGGACCUGCGCUUCCGCAACCUCGGCCUCACCGGGCUCUCCGUGGUGCUGCUCCACCUGUCCCAGUUCCCGGACCUGCGGAGCCUCAAGCUGCAGUACAGCAACGUGGACGUCAGGAGGUCGACGCCGGAGCUGGUGCUGGGGAUCCGCUGCCUGGCCAGGGAGCUGGGGAAGCUGCCCAGCCUCAAGGAGCUCAACCUGGGAUCGUCACGGCUCUCCGGGAACCUCAGGCAGGUCCUAUGCGAGCUCCAGGCUCCGUUGGAAAGCCUGGAAUUGGCCUUCUGCUCCCUCCUCCCCGCCGACUUCGCCUUCCUGUCCCAGAGCUUCCACGCGCCGGCCCUGAAGCGGCUGGACCUGAGCGGCCACGACUUCUCCCAGAGCCUCCUGGAGCCCCUCCGGCAGCUCCUGGAGGAGACCUCGGCCUCCCUGCUCCACCUGGAUCUCAUGGAAUGCCGCCUGACGGAUUCCCACCUGGACUCUCUGCUGGCCUCGCUCCGCCGCUGCUCCCGCCUCCAGUUCCUGGGACUCUUCGGGAAUUCCCUGAGCACCUCCGGCCUCAAGGAGCUCCUCUGGAAGACGGCGGAAUUCCCGGAGCUCCGGUUGGUCGUGUACCCGGUGCCCGUGGAUUGCUACAAGCCGGGGCUCCACCAGCGCCGCUCCGGCUCCCGCUGGAUCCUGGAGGAGCGGCUGGAUCGGGAACGCUUGGGAGCGGCCAGCGCCGAGCUGGGGCGGCUCCUGGAGAGCUCCGGGAGAUCCCACGUCGUCUGGACCUACAACCCCUACGGACACGGGGCCCUGGAUUACUUCUCCUUGUAGCUCCUGGGAAGAGCUGCUGUUCCCAGGGCUCGGGAUUCCUCCUCGCUCCCGGAAUUCCGGGGGCGCUUCCGGCGGCGUUUCCGCCUCAAAUUCGGGCGUUUCCGCCUCAAAUUCGGGUGUUCCUGCCUCAAAUUCGGGUGUUCCUGCCUCGUCCCGGGAUUUUCCUGCUGAGUUUGGGCGGCUCCCGCCUCAUCCCGGUGGAUUCCCACCUUAUCCCGGUGGAUUCCCACCUUAUCCCGGUGGAUUCCCACCUUAUCCUGGUGGAUUCCCGCCUUAUCCCGGUGGAUUCCCACCUUAUCCCGGUGGCUUUUCCACCUUAACCUGAUGGAUUCCCACCUUAUCCCAGUGGUUUCCCGCCUCAUCCCGGUGUUUUCCCACCUUAUCCCAGUGGCUUCUGCCUCAUCCCGGUGGCUUCCCACCUUAUCCUGGUGGAUUCCCACCUUAUCCUGGUGGCUUCCCACCUUAUUCUGGUGGAUUCCCACCUCAUCCCGGUGGCUUUCCCACCUUAUCCCGAUGGCUUCCUGCCCCAUCCCGGUGUUUUCCCAUCUCAUCCCAGUGUCUUUCUGCCUCAUUGGGUGUUUUCCACCUAAUUUGAGAGACUUUUCCACCUCAUCCCAUUGUUA